AUGUCAAGGAUUACAAAUUCAAAUGUUGCUGGAUACAUGCAAGGUGUUGGUCAAACGCUUACAGAUGAUACAUUUUAUCAGAUAUCACAUUCGGCAACCACAGUAUUGGGAGCUACAGCUGAAGUAACUGAAGCUAUAACGUCAUUUCUUCCAAUGAUUGGACUUGUAGCAGAAUUGACUGCAAAAAUAAUAGAAGCGUAUAAUAAUGCACAAAUUAAUAAACGUAGUUGUACAGCUUUAGUAAAUCGAGUGCAAGCGGCUGAAGUGGCUGUUCAAGCAUUGGUUAGGAAUAAAUACGACAACGAGGAAAAAUUUAAAGAUAUAAAUUAUUAUCAUUGUUUCCAGAGAUUUGUUAAUCUUCUCAAGGAUAUCAAGAAAUUUAUUGUAGAUGUGACUCAAAUGAGUGGUCUAAAAAAAUUUUUUCAAUCUGGUUCAAUUAAAUCAAAAUUUGAAAGAUAUAUUAAGGAUUUUGAUAGCACAGUAAAUGAUUUGAAUCUUGCUGUGGUUAUUGCCAGUGAAGAGCAACGUCAAAAAGAUUUUAAAGUGAUUUCAGAUUCUUUUGAGACCAUUAUGAAGUUCUUGGAGAAUGUGGCAGGAAACGUUGCAGUGGUGAAAACUCACAAUAAUGAAAAAAUUAUAGAGAUGAACACUAAUUUUUCCAUAGUACCGCAAUUAAAACAUCAAGUGGAUCAAUUAACAAAACAACUAUCAGAAGGAACUGAUGCUCAAAGUAAACCAAAGCCAAAACCUAAAUUUAUUCAACCAAAUGAAUUAAAAAAUCCAAGACAUUCCACGAAUUGUACACAAGACAAUAAAUGGUUACCAAAAAUUACAAAUUUUGAAUAUAGUCGAGGUUUAGAUGCUUAUACAAUAGAUCUAGAAAAUAGUGUAUUAACAAUGGUACAUUGGUUUCCGCCUGAAAAAAUGUUACAUUAUCAAUUAAAUCAAGAUGGUAAAGUUGUUGUUGAUAAAAGGAAAUACUCUCCUUAUACCAGACAAAUAAGUAGUAAUUAUUGA